GGGUGAAUAAUAAAAAAAGGCUUUGUGGGAAGAGAAAACGGAUAGGAAAGGAAGAGAGGAUAGAUAGGCCUGAGCCUGAGACAGAGAGAGCGAGAGAGAGGUCUCUCAGAAACAAAAAAUGGCGACUGCCACUGUUUCAAUUUCAACACUCUGCGCUACUUUCGGAACCCAUUGCGCCAUUUCCCACAACCCCAAAUCACAAUUUUCUCAACCUUUCAAUUUCAAUCGCGUUUCUUCUCACUCUUACAACCUCACUUUCUCGCCCCGCUUACCUCUCUCGCCCCUUCCUAAGUCCACAGAAUCUGCGGUGGCCCAAACCGAAACCGGUUCGACCGACCCCGAACCGGCCCAAAUUGUCCCGGCCCAGCCUCCCUCCUGGGAACCUGGUCUCUUCGCUGUUGUAAUGGUUGGUUCACGCCAAUACAUUGUUCACCCCGGGAGAUGGAUUGUUGUUCAGAGGUUGAAAGGUGCUAAUGUUAAUGAUAAGAUUGCCUUACAUAAGGUUUUGCUGGUUGGCACUGAUACAUCUUGCUACAUUGGGAAACCAAUAGUAACUAAUGCUGUGGUAUAUGCAACGGUGGAAGAGCAGGGUUUAGACCCCAAAGUAAUUGUCUUCAAAUAUAAAAAGAAGAAACACUAUCGCAGAACCAUUGGACACAGACAGCCAAAUACACGUUUACGGAUAAAUAGCAUUAUGGGCUAUGAGAACUACCCGAAGGUUACUAUGGACGAUUUAAAAUCGGAGGAUUCCCAAACGGAGGAUUCCCAAUCAUGAACAUCUUAUGCACUGUGCCUAUACUGUAGCUGCUUUAUCUUUUUAAUUACAUGCUAUCAUUUCGCCAUUAUUCGUUUUGCUUUAAUUAGAAAUGCAAUGUAAUGUAUGCCAUAUUGUAACAUUGUAUUUUUGUAAUCCCAUGUUUCCUAAUACAUUGCUAUUUUUCUCUCUCCAA